UCCACCCAAUAGGAAUAAAUGCAUAAAUUGCAGAUUUACCUUAUGGAUCAGGGAUUUAUUUUUCUGUAACUACAAGCCUCUGUUUUCAAUCAGAAUGGAAGGCAGUGGUCAAAAUUACUCGAAUAUACACAAGUUAUUUAGUUGUCAGCGUGGACGCAGCAGCACAACAGAGUCUCAAGUUUAUGUGCAGCCAGUGUCGCCUGAGAAACUGAAACCAUGUUAUUUAAGUUAAUCACCAGCACUUCUCAGUGACAUAUUUGAUCCUGACAGUGAAUUUCAUGGCUGCCGAAAACCCCCACAAUAGAUCGACUUGUCGCUGACAAACCCCAGAAUGUUUGAUUACAGUGUGAGAUUUAGUGGCAAUGAUCUCUCCUUGAAAUGAUUUUGAACUCCAGACUUAACAUCAGGAUAAGUCCCUCACUCUGGUCCCCGUGCUGCAUCUGCAGGACCACCCCGCUGACCACAGACCCUGCGGUCAAAGGGCUCGUACACUCUGGUGUGAAGUCUCCGACACGAGGGAAGUCAUUAGUCUUCAUUAGCAACUUCCAGGAGUGUCUUAUGAAGUUGCUGUGAAGUUGUCAUUUGCCCCCUUUGCCGGGCAAGCUAGAUUUGAGGUUUGUUUUCUUAUGUGCUCGACCAAAUGUGAACCCGCCCGGCCCCCUUUAGUCUGUGUGCGUGAGAUCAUGGCCACUCUGCAUUUUGGACAGGGGAGCUGCAUCUCCCUUUUUUUAUAUUUAUUUAUUUUAUUUUCAAAGCUUCUGCAGUUUAUAAAGAAAAGGAUGAAUUCAGGUUUCGUUUAUUAAGAUUUGACAGAGAACAGCACAGAAAGUUCUCAGCUAACAAGAGCCCCUCAUAAGAAACUCAGAGAAGAGAGUAUGAAGGAACUCAUAUUUUUGAAUUUUAAUCAAAGGAAGAGGACAUAAUACCACAAUCGUCUAAAUUUAAACAAAUCUGACUAAUACAAGUUAGGAAAAGAGAAAAAUAUAGUACAUGCAUUGGUGCCAUCUGGGGAAUUUGCAUUUGCUGUUGCAACACAACCUCUCUAAGCAUACAAAGUAAAUAUGUAAUGGACUUGUCAGGUGAAGGCAUUUUUCCUGCCGUGUGAUAUUGUGCAGUCUCCUGUGACAUCAUGUUUCCAGCCACGGGGCCGCUAUCUCUACAAACCCCCUCAAAGUGGCCAAUUAAGCAUCAAAAGGGCAUGCUGCAUGGCUAAUGUGAGCGAAAGGUGUGAGAUUUCUCGUCAGUCCACUCCGGGGGCUCUUUAUUGGGCUGCUGCAGAGCCGUCUGAUCCCCGGGCCUGGCUGUAUAUUGGCAGCUGUUAAAUGUGGAGCACAAGGGAGAUCUGUGCAGUUAAAGCAAAUGGCCGAAGACUGACACCUGAGAGGUGGAACGCCACAGCCACUGAAGGUGGUCCGGGGGGGGGAAGACGCAGUGGAGUCAGGCAGAAGAUGUGGGGAUUCAAGUGACCAGGGGGUGUGAGCGGUGUAACAUGACUGAAGAUGUUUCUGAUGAGUCACUUUAAAUAAGUAGCCUCCUUCAUACAACAUAUUUGGACAUUAAAUAAAAUCCACCCCAUCCUCCCUCCGUCCUCUGCGACCUCCCUGUUGUGGCAUCCACUUCAACUCGCCCCCAGGCCACGCAGCGAGGCCUUUUACCAGUCACACCUGUCACCUCCAGUGCCGCUGUGUAAUGGGAUUGACGCGGCUGCUGCUGAAACGUACACCUCAGCUCUGACACUGACACGCUUUUUUCCCCCUCUGCUGCUAAGAUCUGGAGUUAAUCUGCAGGGAAUUCAUCAGCGGAAUCUCUCAAUAUCUUGUGGCAUCUCGCUCCCCCCCCCCCAAAGAAAGCUGUGUGACCUCUCUGGCUCAUGUGAAACAGUAUAAGCGGGACCCCAGCAUGCAGGGUUGGUGAGGAGAGCCACGCUGAACCUGUGACUACUAACUCCUCCACAACAACUGGCUUCACAUAAGGUGGAUAAAAACACAUCCUCAAGGCCAAUGUUGUGCCACCAUGCUCGGACGAGGGAGGAGGUGUCGGGGGGGGCAUCGGGGCAAUUAACAUACUAAAAACUAAAGUAGCUCCCUGCUUCCUUAAGUGCAUCAUUAAAGCUACGAUGUUAUUAUCCUGUUUUAUUCUGCAUUGACCCAGCACUAGAGGACCUGGUCAAUAUUUUCACAGGAAAGACAUUCUUGCUGUAAACGUGUCAUUAUGCACACUUCAGUCCUGAUUCUACAGCUUGUUGCACCUCCUUAAAAACCAAUGCGACCAUUUACUUGCAGUGAGAACUCUACAUCAUGAGUUACACGUGGUUUGUGAUCCAGGAAACUAAAAGCAAAGGAUGCGGUACCUUUGUAUGUGGCUGUCGGAGAGCAGAGUGGACAGAGGGCACUGUAUGCAGCGCACAGACACGAGAAUACAAUGAAAAUGUGGAUGUUGAAUGAGAUGUGUAAGUCGCCUCAAUUCAAAUUUUCAUGCCAGUGGAGACAAGAAGGCAAACUGAGCUUUAAUUAUUUCCCCUUCUAUGCAAACACUUUCAGAAUUUCAUUUUCAUUUGCAUUCAUUUGUUUCCUCUGCAGUGAGGCGGUAAGUUCCAGGCCGAGACAGACCCGUGAAUAUAAAGUGACGGCCGUGGAUUCUGCUCUGGAUGUGGAGGGUUGGGGGGGGGCGACCUGGGUUUGUUGCAGCAUGGUCUUUAUGCUCCGACCCCUCCUGUCCCAUUCAAGGCCGACUUGGGCCUGUGGUGCUAACUGGCUGUUAAUUGCCUGCCUAUACACGGGGGCCUUUCUCCACAUGCAGAAACCAGCUCCUUCAAGGGAAACCAGCUUAAUGAGAUUAUCUAUCAGAGCAGGGGCCUGUCUAGACACCCCAAUACACAACCCCCCACCUACACACGCAUCCACCGCCUCCAGCACAGUCCUGCAGGCCUCUGAGGAUGCCCCCAGGUAAAAGUUACCUGCAGAAAGUGUGUGCAUGUUAUCAUCACACCAUUAUGGGUUUACACAGCGUUUCCCACCCACUGCGUCAUUCCUCUCGUGGAGAAAGCUGAGAAUGGAGAAAAGGAUUAAGGUAAUCGUUUAAAAACUCUAUUGGUUUAUGCAUUUUAAUAUAAAUUUAUUGUGCGGUAAGUGUGAGAAUAAUACUUUAAAAGCCUCUUUUGACUUGAAAAUACUAAGGUGCACACAUAAAGCCCAGUGGAUCGUUCUGUUAAAUGCACCCUCCCCUGCUUUUCUCCCAGUUGUGUCAAAUAGAUCACACUGGGUGUUUAGCACAUUGCACAAACACACUAAAUAGCAUUUUCACGUGUGGUUACAUGUGUGUGAAUGGUAUUGACACAGACUCUGGUGCCGCUGCGAGCCUCGCUCUGCAGCGGAGGACUGCAUCCAUAUUUGUUUUAAAGUCUCUUAGCAGUUAAUAAAGAUGCAUUUCCUCCGCAGCCCUUCCUGUGGGGAUGGUAUCAAGGCUCUGUUAAGUCUCUUUGAUUUCCAGCACCCUCCAAUCACAGCGGGGCAUUGACUCAUGAUUGUGCCACUUCAAAGCUUGGGAAUGGUUCUCCUGACCCCACCCACCACGGGUCUCCCCUUAAAAGUCAUGGUCACCCAGUCCUGCAGGACUUUAGAUCCGUGAACAGCUCCUGCAACACCACUGAGACUGAGUGACCUCUUCCCUCGCUGCUGGAUUUCUAUUCUCUUUGAUUUUGCUCUAAAUGUGAAGGAGGGCGAGCUGAGGAAACACUGUGGAUAUCUCUGAUACUUGGAUUUUUCACUGACCCUGCAUGAACCCUUUCAAAUUUCUUCUGCGCUGCUCCUGAUCCUGAAGAAUGCAGUCCAUCAGAGGUGAGUUAUUUUAUUUAUUUAUUCACACAGGGAUUCUCAGUCACUCACUCCAAUUUAAAGCAGUGUUUGCCUUGAUCAGAUCUCACCUCCCUCAAGCAUGAAAGUUCACAUUUCACUCUUUGGCGAAGCAAUCCUAAGAGUAAUCUUUUUAUUUUGUAGACUUGAAGCCUAACUUCGGCGGACCUCCUCCUCCCUCCAUGGCUGCCGGCCCUGAUGCUUAUCUCCAGGGUAACCUCAGGUUGACUCUGGAAGACCCUGAACUCUGGAAGUCCUUUCAUGAAAUAGGGACAGAGAUGAUCAUCACUAAACCUGGAAGGAGGAUGUUUCCACACUGUAAAGUGAAUCUCUCCGGCCUGAUUCCAUGUGCGAAAUACAUCCUGCUGGUUGACAUGGUCCCUGAGGACGGAUUCAGGUAUAAGUGGAAUAAAGAGAAAUGGGAGGUGGCAGGAAAAGCGGAGCCCCAGCCUCCCUGCAGGACAUACCUCCACCCCGACUCUCCGGCCCCGGGGAGCCACUGGAUGAAGCAAUCCGUCUCCUUCCUCAAGCUCAAACUCACCAACAAUACGCUCGACCAGCACGGCCAUAUCAUUUUGCACUCCAUGCAUCGCUACCACCCACGCUUCCACAUCGUCCAGGCAGACGACCUGUUCAGCGUCCGCUGGAGUGUUUUCCAGACCUUCACCUUCCCCGAGACUUCGUUCACAGCCGUCACCGCCUACCAGAACACCAGGAUUACAAAGCUGAAGAUCGAUCACAACCCUUUCGCCAAAGGUUUCCGGGAGGAAGGCACCAAUAAGAAACGGCGUGCAAACAAGAACCCAGGCUGCCCCGAGAAGAGACCAAAGAUGUCAGACAUCUCGGACAGGGACUCGGAGGAGGACAGUCCACAAGAUUUCUGCCAGUCAUCCUAUGAGGCUUAUGAUGGAGAGGAAGGAGAGCUGCCCAAAAGGAAAGAGGUCAGUGAGGUCAAAGAGGAGCGUUACUCCCCGUGGGCCGCUGACAGGGAGCACAGAGCGAGGACUGAGUCUCCCGCUGGGGCCGACACCAGAGAUAUGUACAAUGCAGAGCAGCUGGUUCCUGCUCCUGCUUCCUACCAGCCGUACAGGUUCCACGAGUACGGGAAGUCUCCCUCUCCUUCCUCCAGCAUCGGCAGCAGCAACAGUGGCACAGAACGCAGCAGCAUGGAGUCCAGGGUCCCUGAUGUCGCCACCGUCCCCGAUCACGACUCUUCAAAGCCCCGCACACAAGAGAUCGGGCCCUCCCCCUGCGGCCCCCAGCCCCUCCCUGCCCCCCAGGACUACACCCCAGGGGUCCUCAACAUGACCAUGGCCCAGGCGGGCAAGCCCGGGGUCAUUGGCCACCACAUCUACAGUCCCUACGGCGCCGAGCAGCCCUUGGGCCAGUGGAGUGGUCCCGGUCCCGCUCAGUACCCACCUCCUCACCACAUGACCGCCGACUACACCACGCAAGCUGUGCACCACGGCUAUCACCAUGGCAACGUGGCCGAGUGGAGCCAGUACCCGCUGUUCUCUUACUCGUGCUGGUGAAGGGAUCCUCGACGUUAACCGACAGAGUGACUUUAAGUGAUGCUGUGGCGCCAUCUUGCCAGAAUGCUGAUCCAGCCCUCGCAGCGCUGAAGUGCAUGUCCAGACGAGGCUGAGGGCCCGGGGCCUGCGACAACCAUAGAAAAAGUGAAAGAUGAAAAGUGUGAGGAGGGACUGUCGCUGUCUUGUCUUCAGACCGGCAGGAUUCAGACUCCUGUUACUGUGCUGCUGCGCCCUGCUGAUGGAUUGUUGAAUUAACUGUCUAUUUAUUUUGUAUUUCAUCUCUCGUUCAAGUGUAAAUAAUAUUUUUGUAAAGAAAAAGAAAGAAUAAAACUUAA